AUGGAUUUCCGCAGAUCAGUAUAUCAGUAUGCCGACAUCAACAACAUCCCCAGCGGAUUCAAUCAAGAGUCGCGGACAGCUGGGAAGGAGUGGGCGCUUUCGUUCAUGCGCAGGCACAACUUAUCUCUCAGAACACCUCAGCAAACCAGCCUUGGCCGGAUGAUGGGUUUCAACCGAGUGCAGGUUGGCAUAUUCUUCAACAAUUUGCGCGAAAUCACCACAAAGUACCGAUUCACCGCGGAUCGCAUAUACAACAUGGAUGAGACUGGAAUGUCGACGGUGCCCAACAAUGUCCCCAAGGUUGUGUCUGCUACUGGCAAAAAAGCUGUAGGCAAAAUUAGCUCCGGUGAGAGAGGAGAGUUGGUUACAGCUGUUUGUGCCAUAAGCGCACAAGGGAGUUACGUGCCUCCAGCGUUGAUUUUUAAAAGAAAGCGCCAAAAACCAGAACUUAUGGAUGGAGCACCUUGUGGAUCGAAAAUGUUUAUUUCGGAUACAGGAUAUAUAAACUCCGACUUGUUCUACGAAUGGGUAGAACACUUCCAGGUUAGCACAAAGGCCACAAAAGAGAAUCCCGUUCUGCUGAUUUUGGACAACCACAGUUCGCAUCAGUCGCUGAAAACAGUUCUUUACUGCCGAGAGAACGGAAUAGUGUUGCUUUCGAUUCCUCCUCAUAGCAGCCACAAAGUUCAACCAUUGGACCGAUGUUUCUUCCAGGCGCUCAAGACCAACUAUGCUGAAGCUUGCAACAACUGGCUUGUUACACAUCCUGGCAGAGUGAUCACUCAGUAUCAGGUGGCAGAGCUCUUCGGAAUUGCUUAUGGUAGAUGUGCAAGCAUUGAAAAGGCAGUCAAUGCUUUCAGGAUGUGUGGAAUCGUCCCUAUCAAUCCAGGCGUUUUUACGGAUGAAGAUUUUAUGCCAAGCGAAGUAACCAACAAUAAGGGAAAUGAAGAGAACGUCGAUCCGGAAGUAAUGCACAUCCCCAGAAAUGAUGAAUCAGAAAUUCCAUCCACAUCGAUUGAUUGCCGCAAAAAAGGGAAAGCAAAAGGACAGAAUACGACAAGCGGAAGCCUGUCGAACGAAGACCCAUCAUCCCAGCGUCUCAUCUUGCGUCCUGUUAUUCCAGCAACACAGAGCACACCCCAAGCUGCAAAUGCUGUUGCUUCUUGUUCUAACGCAUCUGAUCCACAGGCUGGAUACAGCGAGAAGUUUGGACCUCUUGUGGCGUCUCUCCGCAAUAUUGUGGAGUCUUUUGAGGCAGCUUGUGCUGUUGGAUCCUCUGCAGAUGCUUCGUCGAAUCAGGAUCAGCGUACAGAAACGGUUCCUUUUUCUGAAAUAAGGCCUCUGCCAAAGCGGGACGAGCCGCAAAAGCGAAGGAAGAGAGGACAAAAAUCCGAAAUUAUAACAAGCACACCAUUCAAAGAAAGGCUUGAGUUGAAGGCUGAAGAGCAAGAACAGAAGAACUCCAAGUCUACCACUCGGCGCAAAAAGCUGUUCAGCGAUCCAAAACCUCCAAAGAAAAAAGUGAAAAUUGAGAAAAAGUAG